GAACCGACCGGAGGGCCCGUGGGGACAGCGCGCGGCGAGGGGACCCGCUCCCGCGGCAGGAGCCAGGCCCGCGCUCCGCCUUCCGUCCUCUCCCGAGCGGCGCCGUCCUCUCCGCGAACACGGCGGGAAGGCGCCCUCUCCUUGCGGGCCCGGAGCUGCAGAGGCAUCGCGGGGCGCGGCCGAGGGGUGGAGAAAGGAGAGGGAGCCGAUCGGCCGGGCGGCAGUGACUCGCGGGGCCGCGGCUCCGCCAAUCUGCGGGCGCUGACGCGGGGGGCGGCUCCGCGGCGUUCGGAUAUCUGCCCGCCCGGGUGCGGGCAUCGCGAGGCUCCGCCGUGGGCACUGCGCUCGGGUCGGCGCUGCACCUGCCGGGGAUCGCCCGCCGCUCGGUGUGCCCCCCGCCCACUCCGCCUCCCCAUCGGUCCCCGCGGCCCUGCGCCCUCGCUCCCCUCCGGAUCCCCGCCUCCGGGCCGCAGCGCGAGAGGGCCCAGCCCUGCCCCAAAGAGCCGCCCUUUCUCCACCGCCCGGCCCGGCGCCCGGCGCGGCCCCGGAGCCGGAUCGGAUUGCGCCGAGUCGCCACCGCCAUCCCCAGACCGCGCGCCCCGGGCAGGAAUGGGGCGCCGCAUGGGCCCCCUGCGCGCCAGAUGAGCGCGGUCGGCCCAGAGCCGGUCACUCGACUGGGCCCCAGCUCCGCGGACGAGGACCCUUGGGCCCGGUCGCCGAGGGCGCGGCCGCUCCGGAGACGCGAGAGGGACCGACCCGAGAUGGCCCGGCCGGCGCGCGCUUGGGCGGUGGGCGCUUCCCACGUGGCGCGGGCCUGCGAGCAUCCCCGGAGCUGGUAGCUGCCGGAAGCCAGAUGCACCUUGAUCCGUGCGGCGCCUCGUUCGGGCCGAGCCAAGCCUAGAGGGCGCGGGCGGGCGCUCCGAGGCGCCGUGAAGAUGAUCCAGGUGCGCCGGUUCCGCGUGCUCGUCCUGAUGGUGUUCCUGGUGGCGUGCGCGCUGCACAUCGCGCUGGACCUGCUGCCCCGGCUGGAGCGGCGCGCGCGGCCCCCGGGGGAGGCCGGCUGCUCUUGCGCGCAGCCCGCGGCAGAGGCGGCGCCUGGCUGGGCCCAGGCGCGCGGCCGCCCCGGGGAGCCCUCCGCCGCCGGCGACGCGGGCUGGCCCCACAAGCACACGCUGCGCAUCCUGCAGGACUUCAGCUCCGACCCUUCCUCCAACCUCACGUCCCACUCGCUGGAGAAGCUGCCGCCCGCCGAGCCGGCCGAGGGCGCCGUGCGGGGCCAGGAUCCCGGGGCGCCCAGACCCCGCGGCCACGCUCACCGGCCGCUGCUUCGAGACCCCGGCCUCCGGCGGCCCGUGCCGCCGCCCGGCCCCAGCGGGGACGGCUCGCUCCUGGCCCGGCUGUUCGAACAUCCGCUGUACCGGGUCGCCGUGCCCCCGCUGACCGAGGACGACGUCCUCUUCAACGUGAACAGCGACAUCAGGUUCAACCCCAAGGCGGCGGCGGAGAACCCCAACUGGCCGCACGACGGCCCCGAGGGCGAGGACUUCGCACCCACGGGGGAGGCGGCCGUGGACAGCUACCCCAACUGGCUCAAGUUCCACAUCGGCAUCAACCGGUACGAGCUGUACUCCAGGGACAGCCCUGCGGUCGAUGCCCUGCUGCAGGACCUGGGCGCCCAGAAGAUAACCAGUGUGGCCAUGAAGUCGGGGGGCACUCAGCUCAAGCUCAUCAUGACGUUCCAGAACUACGGGCAGGCCCUGUUCAAGCCCAUGAAGCAAACAAGAGAGCAGGAGACACCCCCUGACUUUUUUUAUUUCUCUGACUACGAGAGGCACAAUGCGGAGAUCGCUGCCUUCCACCUGGACAGGAUCCUGGACUUCCGCCGCGUCCCUCCCGUGGCCGGCAGGAUGAUCAACAUGACCAGGGAGAUCCGGGACGUCACGCGGGACAAGAAGCUGUGGAGGACCUUCUUCAUCUCCCCAGCCAACAACGUCUGCUUCUACGGGGAGUGCUCCUACUACUGCUCCACGGAGCACGCCCUGUGCGGGAAGCCGGACCAGAUCGAGGGCUCGCUGGCGGCCUUCCUGCCGGACCUGUCCCUGGCCAAGAGGAAGACGUGGCGGAACCCGUGGCGACGCUCGUACCACAAGCGCAAGAAGGCAGAGUGGGAAGUGGACCCCAACUACUGCAACGAGGUGAAGCAGACGCCCCCCUACGACCGCAGCCGCCGCAUCCUGGACAUCAUGGACAUGACCAUUUUCGACUUCCUCAUGGGGAACAUGGAUCGCCAUCACUACGAGACAUUUGAGAAGUUUGGGAACGACACCUUUAUUAUCCACCUGGACAACGGGAGAGGGUUUGGAAAAUAUUCCCAUGACGAGCUUUCCAUUCUGGUGCCUCUACAACAGUGCUGCAGGAUCCGGAAGUCCACCUACCUGCGGCUGCAGCUGCUGGCCAAGGAGGAGUACAGGCUGAGCCUGCUGAUGGCUGAGUCGCUGCGGCAGGACCGGGUGGCGCCGGUGCUGUUCCAGCCGCACCUGCAGGCCCUGGACCGGCGGCUGCGCCUGGUGCUGCAGGCCGUGGGCGCCUGCGUGGGGAAGGACGGGCUGGGCCAUGUGGUGGAGGACGACCUCGACCCCCUGGACCCUGGGCACAGAGGCUCCGCCGACAGGUAGUGACCACAGCCGCCGGCUGGUGCCGGGGACGGACACGAUGCCCCAGCUGACUCGGCCGUGGGGUCCUCCAGCUGUGGGUCCGCAGGACGCGUUUCGUUCGCUUUCAAGACAAAGCGGCUGCGGAGGGAGCACGCAGCUGUGGACGGACAGGCGGCCUGGCGGCAGGCGACCACCCUUUUGUACGGAAGGGAAGCCUUUCCUUACUGUUUUGUAUUUAUACACAGACGAUAUGUAUAUAAACAGAGACGCCGGCACAGACCCGCAACUCACGCGGAGAGCCACCCUCUGCCCGGCUCCCCGCCAAGGCCCUUGUGCUCUGGACUUAACUUAAAACUAAAACUCCCCUUUCCCCCCCUCCCGGCCGCACGGGAGGCCCUCCGAGACGCCUGCUCCUGAGGCCAGCAGGACUCGCGUGGACGGACGGACACUCACAUGUUCUCGGUGACGAAAUGACCAGCUAUUGUUUCUCGGCGCCACCCACCAGUGCCCGGGGACCUCCCGGGAGGCGGCCAAGGGCGCAGCUCCGUUUCCGUGGAGACUCGUGUGAGCGUGUCGCCCGGGCUCCGACCCCGGUACAUUCUUGAGGAAGAUUUGCAAUGUGGUGAACGUGCAAUAAAGAUACAGCAGA